GAAAGUUAUUGAAUCUGGCUAUGAAAUUCUUUUCGUUUCAAAUCCACCUACAAUGUGUUUUCGUAAUAACAAAUCUGCCAUUCACAAUGUUGAAUUUGUUUCUUCAGAAAUUUCAGACUUGCUGAAAUAUAAACGUAUUAUAGAAGUUCCUUUUCAGCCGUUUGUGUGCAGUCCCCUGAGUGUCGCAGAAAAUAAAAACAAAAAGAGGUUGAUUCUUGAUCUCAGUAGGUUAAAUAAGUACGUAAAGUAUGAAAAAAUAAAGUUUGAAGACUGGAAGACGGCAUUAGAUUAUUUCGAAAAGGGUUUUUAUUGCAUAAAAUUUGAUCUGAAAUCAGGAUACCAUCAUAUAGAUAUAGCUGAAGAAUAUCAGAAUUAUCUAGGGUUUCAGUGGGAUAAUAAAUAUUACUGCUUUACAGUUCUGCCAUUUGGUCUUUCAUCAGCUCCAUUUAUUUUUGCUAAAUGUUUAAGACCUCUGGUGAAGUUUUUGAGAAAAAGUGGUAUAAUGAUUGUAUUGUAUCUAGAUGAUGGGUUAGCAUUUGCUUCAACUGAGAGUCAAUGUAUUUUAGAUUCUAAUUUCAUUCAGAAAACAUUGUCAGAAACUGGACUGGUGGUCAAUAUAGACAAAUCAAAGUUUAUUCCAACGCAAAUUAUUGAAUGGUUAGGUUUAACAUGGAAUUCAAAUUCAUUUUCCAUUUCAGUUCCGGAUAGACGAAUAGAAGACGCUGUUUGUUGUUUGAAGAAAGUAAUUGAUCGUUUCCCAGAUAUAACAGCGAGAGAACUGGCACAAGUAGUUGGAAAAAUCAUUUCCAUGACACCAGUAAUGGAUAUAUUUAAAGUGGGCAGAUGGAUGGGCAUUAACAACGAAAGUAAAGAUCGCCGUCUUGAGGAACUCGCAUCAGAACUACCUCGAUAUUGUAUAACAUCCAAGGCUGACAACACAGCAAAACAAUACAGGUACGCUUUUAACACCUUUUGCAAAUGGUGUAACAGCUUUAAUCCUUUGAUUACUCCUCUUCCUGCUUCGGAAACCAACGUUGCAUUGUAUAUCAUUCAUUUGGCAAAGCAAUACAAAUCAUCGGGGAAAAUUCAUUCAGCUGCGCAUGCUAUUAGCUGGGCACAUAGCCUAGCAGGCUAUGUAGACCCAUGUGAUUCUAUCCUCGUCAAAAAUAUUAAAGAGGGGGCAAUCAGAGAAACAUCAAAACCUGUGACCAAAAAAGAACCUAUUACGCCAGAACAUUUGAAGGCCCUGGUUUCUACAUUUGGAAAGAAUGACAAUUUGUAUAAUUUGAGAACGUUUUGUAUGUGUUUUUUAGGUUUUGCUGGGUUCCUGAGAUUCUCAGAAAUUGUAAAUAUUCGUUAUUUAGAUAUAUGUUUACAGAAUAAUUGUGUGGAAAUUAACAUUGUUAAAAGCAAGACAGAUGUGUAUAAAACUGGUCAAAAAGUUUGUAUAGCUAGAACAUUCUGUGACACAUGUCCUGUAAAUAUCUUAGAAAAGUUCUUAAGAUUGUCAAAUGCUGACAUGCAUUCUUCUCAAUACUUGUUUAGAUCGGUGUCUUUUUGUAAAAAGUCUAAUUCUUAUAGACUUAGAACGGAUAAUCGUCCGAUUUCAUAUACAAGAGCAAGGGAGAUAAUAUUGGACGCACUUGAAAAGAUUGGUUUAGAGAAGUCAAAAUUUGGUGUACAUAGUUUAAGAUCGAGCGGUGCUACUUCUGCAGCAGCCGCAGGGGUUUGUGAUAGACUGUUUAAAAAGCAUGGGCGGUGGCGGUCGGAUAGGGCAAAAGAUGGCUAUGUGAAGGAAAAUUUAUCUGAAAAACUUAAAUUCACAAAAAAUCUUGGCAUUUAGCGAGUUUUUCUUUUCUUCUUUAUCUUCGAAUUAAUUAAAACUGCACUUUCAGAGCGCUUCACAUCCUACUCACGAGUUUGUGUUUAUUUCAUAAAUAUUUUAUGUUCGUUUGAGUGAAACGAAUAAGAACAUAAAUGUAUUUAUUAAUGUUACUUAAACACGUGGUAGUGUAUGUUUAUUCUUUACAUCUAUUGGUUGUUAUUAUUGUCACCUAGUCAGGUGACAAUAUUGAUAUUCAUAGCACGGGCUAUGAAUGACCGUGAAAGUUAUUGUGUACUAUAGUCUGUCCCAAGAUAUUUAUGCUGCAUAUUUGAACGAUUUUUAAUAAAAAUACACAUACCUGUGAGAGAAGUGCAAUUAAAAUCGAUGAAAGGGAAAAUUCCCAAGAUAACUUCAUUCACACAUUAUCAUUUUUCCCUCGUAAAAAUUCACAGGAACGAAAACAGAUUUCCUACGGAGAUUUAUAAUGGGGAAUGUUGACAUCUUUUCUCCAUUCGGAAGUACUCGGGACCCCUCGCGCAAUUUUUCAACGUUAUCAUCCGGGCGUCUUCAUCUCCUUGGCAAUGGAAAAACCUCGUAGACUUUUUAUUUUUAGCCGUGUACCGAUACCCGACAAGCUAGAGGGGGCGUUUCAAAGGGGAAAUCUUGGGAUUUUUUUAUACUAUUGAAUGAACAUCGUCUGAACCAAGAGGUAUUUAUAAAUAUUGAAUACUUUAAGAAAAUAAGCGGCAAAAAUAUCUUGGGACAGACUAUAGUAAAGCCAUUCGAAGGCUCUUUUUCGUGCAGUCAUUUAAGUCCCACCCACUCGCCCUUUGCUUCAUAUUGUAUAAUAUAUAGAUGUAUCCACUGUCUAAAAUUUGCAAUUUUAUUUUGUAAAUGUGGAAGAUUUGGUUUAGAAAGAAAGAAUUUUUUGUUAGAUUGAAAUUAAUAAAAACUGCACUUUCAGAGCGCU